AUGAAAUUCUCACAUUCACUACAAUUUAAUGCUGUUCCAGAAUGGUCUUCAAAAUAUAUUGCAUAUACAACUUUGAAAAAGCUAAUAUAUUCAUUACAAAGGGAUAAUUUAAGAAGGAUACAUUUAUCAGGUGAAGGUGAUGAAAAUUUCGAUUUAGAAGAAAAUUCUCAUUUAAUUGAUAAUAAUUAUUCAAGUAUUGGACAAUUAGAUGAUAUAGAUUCCAAAAAUCCACAAAUUGUAUUUGAAGCUGCUUUGAAUGCAGAAUUGAAAAAAAUUGAUAAUUUUUUUAAAAAUCAAGAACAAUUUAUAUUUAAAAGUAUUGAUGAAUUAGUUUAUGAUAUUGAAAUAUUUGAGAAAGAAAUUGAUAGUUCAUUACUUGCAAUGAAAGGGAAUACAAGAUAUAAACCAAGAAGAGUUAAAAGUAGUAGAAGAUUUUCUGAAACUUCUGGUGAACAAUAUAUAACAAAUACAACGGAUCCUGAUACUGAAUUUACUCAAGCAGAAGGUGAUUUUGACGACGACGAUGAUGAUGAUGAUGAUGAUAAUGCACAAGAAGAACACUAUAUUGAAGAAUUAGAAAGAGCUUAUACUCCAACAGUAGAAUCACGUGGUAGACAAGUGAAAAGAAUGGGAUCAGCUCCAAAUAUACAUCAUGAUGAUCCAAAUGAAAAUGGUUUAACUCAAACAAGAUCAAUUGAUGAAUAUCUUAAAUCUCCCAAAUCACCUCGUUUAUGGAAUGAAUUAUCAAAUGUAACAACUUCUGAUAAUAGAUUACCCCCACAAUUAAUUUUAUUAAGUGAAAGUAGAAUAAUACUUAGAAAAAGAACAAUUGGAUUGUUUACAACAUUAUCGGAAUUAAAAUCAUAUAUUGAAUUAAAUUAUACAGGUUUCAAAAAGGCUUUAAAAAAAUUUGAUAAAUCUUUAAAUACGAAUAUAAAAGAUCAAUAUUUAGAUUCAUUACCAUCAAAAUCUUAUAUUUUCAAAAAAUCAACCUUACAAAAAGUAAACGAUAGAUUAGAUGCUUUGAUUAAAAUAUAUGCAUUAAUUUGUAAUCAUGGUGAUGAUUUAGAAACUGCUAAAUCAGAAUUAUCAAUUCAUUUAAGAGAACAUGUUGUCUGGGAAAGGAAUACUGUUUGGAGAGAUAUGAUUGGAUUAGAAAGGAAAUCUCAUGCUGCAAAUUCAAAACUAAUAGAUCAAAGAGAAAGAAUGAAUAAUGAUGAUAAAGAAGCUGAUUUAAAAUCAAGUGGUAAUAAAAUUAUGAGUUUUAAUAUAUCAGUUAAAAAUCCUGUAUUGGUGAAAUUGUUAUGUAUUAUUACAAUUACUGUGUUAUUAUUAUUCUUUUCCCCAUUUGAUGAUAAACCACAAAGAAAUUGUUUUGCAAUGUUAAUAUGUGCUUCAUUAUUAUGGGCUACUGAAGCUAUUCCCUUAUUUGUAACAUCAUUAAUGUUACCUUUAUUAAUUGUCAUAUUCAAUAUAAUCAAAAAUGAUGAUGGGUCAGUAAUGGAUUCAAUAAAUGCAUCUAAAUAUAUAUUAAGUCAAAUGUGGAAUUCAGUUAUUUUGUUAUUAUUAGGUGGUUUUACAUUAGCAGCUGCAUUAUCAAAAUAUCAUAUUGCAAAAUUAAUAUCGACUUGGAUUUUAUCAAAAGCUGGUACAAACCCUUCAAUUGUUUUAUUAACUAUUAUGGGAGUUGCAUUAUUUUCUUCAGCAUUUUUAUCAAAUGUUGCUGCUCCAGUCAUGUGUUUAAGUUUAAUUACACCAUUAAUUCGUACAUUACCAAAAGGUUCACAAUUCAUUAAAGCAUUGAUCUUAGGUAUUGCAUUGGCUUCAAAUAUUGGAGGUAUGGCAAGUCCAAUUGCAUCACCACAAAAUAUGAUUGCAAUUGGUGCUAUGGAACCACAACCAUCAUGGGGUCAAUGGUUUGUGAUUGCAGUACCAAUUUGUGUAUUAUCAUUAUUAUUAAUCUGGAUUUUCUUAUUAAUAACUUUUAAUUGUAAUGCUAAAAACACUCAUUUAGUUCCAAUUAGAACAAUUGAUGAUAAAUUUACAAGUAUUCAAUGGUUUAUUGUUACUGUAUCAUUGGGCACAAUAUUUUUAUGGUGUAUUGCAUCAAAAUUAACUUUUAUAUUUGGAGAAAUGGGGAUUAUAUCAUUAAUACCAUUAAUUUUAUUUUUUGGUUCAGGAUUAUUAACAACUGAAGAUUUUAAUAAUUAUCCAUGGAAUAUUGUAGUAUUAGCAAUGGGAGGGACAGCAUUAGGUAAAGCUGUAGCAUCAUGUGGUUUAUUAAAUACUAUCGCUAUAGAAAUUCAAAAACAAGUUGAAGAUUUUUCAUUAUUUGGAGUUACAUUAACUUUUGGUUUAUUAAUUUUAAUAAUGGCAACAUUUGUAAGUCAUACAGUAGCUGCUUUAAUUGUUGUACCAUUGGUUCAAGAAAUUGGUAAUAAUAUGCCAGAACCUCAUCCAAGGUUAUUAAUUAUGGCAAGUGCUUUAUUAUGUUCAGCUGCUAUGGGUUUACCAACUUCAGGAUUUCCAAAUGUUACUGCUAUUUGUAUGACUGAUGAAUUUGGUAAACCAUAUUUAACAGUUGGAACAUUUAUAACAAGAGGUGUACCAAGUUCAUUUAUUGCUUAUGGUAUGAUUGUAACACUUGGUUAUGCCACAAUGAAGAUAAUUAAUUUUUAA